UCUUCACAACUCACAAACCAAACCAAAGAAGUCAUCCCAUCUCUCUUUAGAUCUUGAAAUGGAACCAAACAAUAUACCUAUGACAACAAAGGGGUUUUGGAACAUCCUAAGAGGUGUUCUCUUGGUGUUGAGGAAUGGCGCCAUUUCCAAGCGAAAACUACUAAUGUUCGAUCUAAACAUCAUGUUCAAGAGAGGCAAGCUCGCGAGCAAGAACAUGAUGCAUAACCUCGUGUUUCAUCAUCACAACCACAACCACAACCACAACCACAACCAGAUCCCUUCUACGCCUUCUUUUGUCGGGGGACCAGAUGAAUACGAGUUCAGUUGCGACAACACGCCCGCACACACCUCCUUCCCUUUGUCCUUCUUAGUCUCCAAACGCAAGCAACAUGGAGCUCCCCCGGCCCACUCCAACUUCUUCUCGUGCGCAAACGCCCCACAAACCGUGGAAGAGGAUAUUAAUGAAGAUGAUUACGCGAUCGCUCAAUCUCCUGCGAUGGCAGCCUUUCUUAGGAGUCCGAUGGCAAAGGAAAUUAUGUAUGAGUACAAUAGCGAGGCUUCUUCACCGGCACUUCCAGGAUUUGGUCGGACUCCUAUGGUGAGACAAUUGAGGAUAACUGAUUCGCCUUAUCAGAUUAACGAUAUUGGAGAUGUUGAGAACUCUCGUGUGGAUGCAAAGGCGGAUGAAUUUAUUGCGAUGUUCUAUGAACAACUGAGGAAACAAAAUUCAAUGGGCCGAAGAAUGAGGUGAAGAUGAAGAUUUAUCGAUUGUUUAAAAUAAUUUGGAGAACCUUAAGCCUCGAGGAUAGAUAAAUUUGAUUUUUUUUUAUAAGAUGUAAUAGAGUGAUUGAUUUUUUUACCACCUAAAAGAGCAUGGAUGAAUAAAUGUACGAGAGUAUAUUGAAUUAAUUGAAAUUUACUCAUGUUA